AUGGCGGACUCGAGCAGUGCGGAUCAAGGAGCUGGCCAGGGCGGCUCGAGUGGAGCCGCAGCCUUAACCCAGUCCAAAAACUACUGGCCGCUAUUUGCGUCGAAGGUCAGGGACGAACUGAGAUGGCUCCCGAUCAAAUUUGAGUGCCAUUUAUAUGGCUGCGAUUUUGCCGAUAUCGAAUUCCACUGCGAGAUAUAUUGCGAAUUGGAGAAUAAAGAUGCCACUGAGGAUCAGCUGCUGGAUGUUGGCCAAAGUUCAAUGUACAAGUGCCCAAAAGCGCUCGCAGCACUGGAGAAGACGUAA